GCAUCGCCUCCUUCCAGUGCCUGUUGGGGUUGGGGGUGUGGAACCCGCGUGGCCCCGACCUCAGCAACUGCACCAGCCCGUGGGUCAACCAGGUGGCCCAGAAGAUUAAGAGCGGGGAGAACGCGGCCAACAUCGCGAGCGAGCUGGCGCGGCACACGCGGGGCCCCGUCUACGCCGGGGACGUGAGUUCGGCCGUGCGGCUGCUGGAGCAGCUCCUCGACAUCCUCGACGCGCAGCUGCAGGCGCUGCGCCCCGUGGAGCGCGAGUCGGCCGGCAAGAACUACAACAAG